AUGCCCACGGUGGAACAACUGGAGGAGUAUCGCGGUAGCAGAACGUCCUCACUGCAUCCAGGGCAUGAAAAUGCGAUCGAUUACCUGUCGCUCGUAUCGCGCUUCGAUAAAAUCGACGAAACGAUCGGUAACCUCACCUCACUGGCGCACGAUACGGUGCUGGAGUACGCACGGAUCGAAAAGUCUAUUCUGCCACUCCUGGAAGGUGAUGUGCUGGCCAACAUUCACGCUCAGCUCGAUACGAUUCAUCAGCAGCUGAAGGCACAGUGUCCCGAGUAUAAACCACAACGCCGCAGCGUCACUCGAUCCUCCAAAAGCUCGCGACCGGAUGUGGCGCCAUCUCCAAUCGAUUUCUAUCAGCAUACCGUACCCAGCUCCGUGAAGGCACUGGUCCCGAGGCGUAGCACUUUAGCUGAGCUGCCAAAGAAGGAGGACCUCUUGAAGCAGGAACUCGACGGGAUACGGACUAUUCUUUUAGGACUUGUCAGUGGUUUGAAAUUUCCCGAAACAAAUGAACUCGAACCACUGACGACGAGAUCGAGGAGCUCAACGUUUGAAGUCACAAAGGCAGAAAGCCUCCGUGCACUGUGGCCUCAAGCCCUGGAAGAGGUGCUUACAUCGAACCAGGAACGCAUUGAUACACUCGAAGGGAAACAGAACGAUCUGCAACGGCAAAUUGAGACCUUAACCGAGCGAGACCACUCAACUGAUGAUUCCUUGAAGCAGCUGACUGGCGCGCUACAGAAGCAUGAAGCCAAGAUACAAGAUGAACUUCACGCCUUGCGAGCGAACUUCUCGGAUCAAGCACUUAAUCUCGCGGAGGAGCUACGUGAGUUAAAGCAACAAACACAAACUCGUCUGGAAACGAUCGAUCACGAGCUGGAACGGCGCGUCGAGUUCGACCACUUCCGGACGCGUGUUUCGCAGGACCAAUUUCACACCGCCAUCGAGCAACUGCACGAGGAGAUCGAUCGAGAGGUAGAGUUUUUUAGCGACGAACUGCAACGCAUCUGGGGCUUGCUGCAGAACCUGGGCGCCAGCAUGGCGGACAAGUGCGAUCGCGACGCGGUGGAACUGUUGGAGACGCGCAUUCGACGUUCGCUCACCUACACCCAGCUGAUGGUGACCAAACUGAGGGGUGUGCUGGCCGGAAGCAUUCAGGCAGCCGGUACCAAGCGGCCACUGCAACCGCUGGACGCUCUCCGGUGUUUGUCGUGUAACCAUGCCGCUACGAUGCAUUCGCUGGAGCAGCUCGUUCCCACCGGAAAGGAGCUUUUAACGGCUGCGCAGAAGAGGGAACAGCGUAUCAGUCGCUUAAAGACGAUGGCCAAGCGGGAAAUGGCCAAGGAUGCGCCGCCGAAAACGAACGGAAUUCCAGUGAUACCGGUGCAGGGUGCAACUACCAGGGCGGAUAUGGAGCGGCCGGAUCAGUUGGCGUACAACAUUCACCCCGAAGAAGGCGAUGGUCAGCACGGAUAA